AUGAAAGGCCUCAACUUGGAGUCAAAGAUCCAACGUGGCUGUUAUCUCUCCUCGCCCAAUUCGAUCCGAUUACUCGAAAACUCUCAUCGAGUCGAACGGCUCAUGAUCCGCGAGAAACUUAAUCGAUUGCUCAGUCGUCGGCCUACCUCUAGAUCUAGUCUCCUAACACUCAACCUUAUUGAUCAGGAACUCCUCUUUUGCUCUAAUCUUCUUGCCCCAGUCCUCCGCAGUCUCAAACGCCAACAAGCUAAAGAUCUCCUGGCUCGCAAACUCAGAUACUCGGAUGCCGAACUCGAUCAGCUCUCUCUCAGCCCUGCUGGUCACUUUCGUAACCUGCUCAUCGAUGACUCUGGUACCCAAAACAUCACACGAUCUAGGUCUUCCUCUUGCUCGAUCCGUGCUAGCUCUUAA